CUCCAGGGUAUCCCUGUGCUCAUUGUGGGUCACCACAUCCUCUACGGGAAGGUGGUGCAGCUGGAGAAGCCCUUCGCGGUCCUGGUGAAGCGAGGAGCUGGGGAGCCCGGACCUGCAGAGCCGCACACCCACUACACUGUCACCGCCCUCAUCAAAACCAAGCUCCUCUUCAAAACCCGUCCCAAGCCCAUUAUCACCAACGUCCCCAAGAAAGUGUGA